AUGGCGGCCUGCUUAGCCAUUCGUUCGGUGGCGCUGCGAGUAGGCUUCGGUGUACACAGGAGGACCCCGGGAUCUCCCAUUAUCGCGGUGGGCCUCAGAUCCCUCUGUGCCGCAAAAUCGCCAAUCGAGGAGUCGACGGAGGAAUAUAAAUUCGUCGAGCGUCUCAUCCCGCCGUCUCGGAUACCCACCCCGCCCAAGCACGUCGGACCGACUCCGUCUGGGUGGACCCCGCCAGCGGAGUCGCCGCCGCCCCUCCCUUACAUGAUACGUCGCUCCCGCAUGCACAACAUUCCGGUCUACACCGACGUAACCAACGGGAACCGCAAGAUGACGCUGGUCCGGAAGGUUGAGGGGGACAUUUGGGCUUUGGAGAAAGACGUGAAACAGUUCCUGAAGGACGUGACCGGCAAAGAAAUGCCCACUCAGGUCAACGAGGUGACGAUGAUUCUGAAGGUGAAAGGUCAUUUCGAUAAGGAGCUGAAAGAAUGGUUGACCAAGAAAGGCUUCUGAAGAGGUUCAGUCACAUCCACUCGUUCAACUCUACCU